AUGAGAAUUCCAGUGAACUCAGGUCCUCCUGACUCCAGGGCCAGUGCUCUAUCCACUGCACCACCUAGCUGCCCCGUGCCACUAAUUUCUAAUCAUAUUCUGGGUGUAUUUGUUUUUAAAUGGUGGCAAUACAUUUCUUGGUAUCCUCUUACUACAGGAUUGAAUGGCUGGGUGGUGGACACGUUGUGUCUGUUAAGUGUCUCCCAUUGUGGAUUGACUGAUCUUGAACUGCUCCAGCUUUUGGACAUCCUGGGCUAUAAGAAUCAUUACAAAGUCACCACCUCCCAUUGGGCGGCCUUUCGCUUAGCUACUAAGCAGUGGAUCCAGGAGAAGCCGAACGGCCGAUUGCAUUUCUGUCACCAGUCUCUGCGGCAAGCGGUGGAGCACAAGCUACUUGGUAUAAUCACGCCUGUCAGAGAAAGCAGUCCAUAUUCCUUUCAGAACCCCGUGAAUUGCAAGAAAACAAAUUUACAUCGGAUCUUGACUCAGUUCUUCCAGGGACAAAGCAGCUUUUGGAGAGCGUAUGCAGAGUUGCCGUGGAAUCUGAAAAUGAGUGGCAACUGGGAGGAACUAUGUAAUUUUCUCACAAAUCCCAAAACCCUGACCAUAAUAUCCCAAACCACAAAGCCAACCUUCUGGAUAAAGCUCCAUCUUAUCCAUUAUUGGAAUGUGUUAGCAGAAGCUGGACGUGAUACAACAGGGGCUUACCUAAAUAUGGUGAAAAAGAUGAUAACGUACAAGACGUACAAAAUAAAAGAAAGGCAUACAUGGACAGGUAUCACAUGACUGACAAUUUACGAAUAAGAUAAUGUUAACAGUCAAUAGCCUUUUUUUUUUUUUGCCUGUAUGCACGUUGACUAAAUGCCACAUGGUAUCUGAGGCAGGAUUGGAGAAUAAAUCUUCCCUGACUCCAA